AUGCAGUCACUGCAGUCAGAGGAUCUGAGAUUCGGUCGGGGGGAAGCUCAUGGCGGCCCCAGACACCACGCCGGCGACACGAAGAGCGCCCAGGACGCCGAGUUGCGCGCCGUGCCCCUCGGCGUCUUCCGCGAUGAUAACCCCAAGACCGGCCAGCGGGGCGGCGUCGUCGUCAAGGUGAGCUUCUACCACGCCGGCAAGUUCGCCAUGGAGGGAUGGACCGAGUCCGUCGCCAAGGAGGUACUGCCGGCCUGGAACAAGCGAGCAGGGCCGCAGCAUGUGGGCCGAGCCGAGCCGAGCGCCCUGGCUGCCACCAUCUUCAACAUCGUGGGCCGUGGCAGCCACAUCCCCAUCCGUGUCCCGCUGGGAGCCGACGCCUGGGGGCUUAUCUCCAACGAGCUGGAGGAGACGAAGAAGGACAUGGAAGAGCUGAAGAAAGUAAGCUUGGGCGCGUGA